AAGCAGCGCCUUCACUGCGCGCUGCGAGGGCGGGAGCGUGCUGCACCCGGGAGCUGGGGCGCGGAGCUGCUGGGAGCCCUGCUCCCGCCGACCAGAGGCCCGGGUGGAGCUCGGGCUUUGCGUGGCCAGGCCCGGCGGGAGAGAGGUGCGGCUCUGCGACAAAAACAGUGGCCAGAGAUGCCGGGGCCAGCUCUCCCCACCAGCUGCUGGUGGUGGUGACAAUGUCAAAUAACGGCCUGGACAUUCAAGAUAAACCCCCAGCCCCUCCAAUGAGAAACACCAGCACUAUGAUUGGAGCUGGUAGCAAAGACGCCGGAACCCUAAACCACGGCUCCAAACCUCUGCCUCCAAAUCCAGAGGAGAAGAAAAAGAAGGACCGGUUUUACAGAUCCAUCCUACCUGGAGAUAAAACCAAUAAAAAGAAGGAGAAGGAGCGGCCAGAGAUUUCUCUUCCUUCAGAUUUUGAGCACACGAUUCACGUUGGGUUUGAUGCUGUCACAGGGGAGUUUACAGGGAUGCCAGAACAGUGGGCCCGCUUGCUUCAAACAUCAAAUAUCACUAAGUCGGAGCAGAAGAAAAACCCGCAGGCUGUGCUGGAUGUAUUAGAAUUCUAUAACUCCAAGAAGACCUCCAACAGCCAGAAGUACAUGAGCUUUACAGAUAAAUUAGCUGAGGAUUAUAAUUCUUCUAACACUUUGAAUGUGAAGACUGUGUCUGAGACCCCCGCAGUGCCACCAGUCUCAGAAGAUGAAGACGAUGAUGAUGAUGCUACCCCACCUCCAGUGAUUGCUCCACGCCCAGAGCACACAAAAUCGGUCUACACUCGGUCUGUGAUUGAACCACUUCCUGUUACUCCAACUCGGGAUGUGGCUACAUCUCCCAUUUCACCUACGGAGAGUAACAUCACUCCUCCAGAUGCUCUGACCCGGAAUACUGAGAAGCAGAAGAAGAAGCCUAAAAUGUCUGAUGAAGAGAUCUUGGAGAAAUUACGAAGCAUAGUGAGCGUGGGCGAUCCUAAGAAGAAAUAUACACGGUUUGAGAAGAUUGGACAAGGUGCUUCAGGCACUGUGUACACAGCAAUGGAUGUGGCCACAGGACAGGAGGUGGCCAUUAAGCAGAUGAAUCUUCAGCAGCAGCCGAAGAAAGAACUGAUUAUUAAUGAGAUCCUGGUCAUGAGGGAAAAUAAGAACCCAAAUAUUGUGAACUACUUGGACAGUUACCUCGUGGGAGAUGAGCUGUGGGUUGUCAUGGAAUACUUGGCUGGAGGCUCUUUGACAGAUGUGGUGACGGAAACCUGCAUGGAUGAAGGCCAGAUUGCAGCUGUUUGCCGUGAGUGCCUGCAAGCUUUGGAGUUUCUGCAUUCCAACCAGGUCAUUCACAGAGAUAUCAAGAGUGACAACAUCCUGUUGGGAAUGGAUGGCUCUGUCAAGCUAACUGAUUUUGGAUUCUGUGCCCAAAUCACUCCAGAGCAGAGCAAACGGAGCACCAUGGUGGGAACCCCGUACUGGAUGGCACCAGAGGUUGUGACGCGGAAAGCCUAUGGGCCCAAGGUUGAUAUCUGGUCCCUGGGCAUCAUGGCCAUCGAAAUGAUUGAAGGGGAGCCCCCGUACCUCAAUGAAAACCCUCUGAGAGCCUUGUACCUCAUUGCCACCAAUGGGACCCCAGAGCUUCAGACCUGUCUUGAGAUGGAUGUGGAAAAGAGAGGUUCGGCUAAAGAGCUGUUACAGCAUCAGUUCUUGAAGAUUGCCAAACCCCUCUCCAGCCUCACUCCACUCAUCGCUGCAGCAAAGGAGGCAACCAAGAACAAUCACUAAAACCACGCUCACCCCAGCCUCCUUGUGCCAAGCCUUCCGUGAAAUUACUGCUAAUUCCAGAAAUUCCAGCCCUUGAUGCUCUCUCUUCCUUGCCUUGCUCCUCCCAUUUCCUGGUCUAAUGCUCUCAAGACUUUGAUCCUUGAAAACCAUGUGUCCAGCAUUGAAGAGAAAGGCAACUGACUACUUAGAUGACGGCCAUCUGAAUAAGGAAUUCCUCCUGAUCUGCGGAUGUGAGGAUGGUUUAUGAUCCGAGCUCAUAGGAAUAAACCCUUGGACUCCUGUUUCUACCUAGCAAAAUCUUCUUCACAUACCACCUCUUCCCAAACCCCAGGCCAAUCCGUUUUUGGCUGUAUAAAUUUUUGGCUUUAUAACAUUAUCAAUUUGUAAUUAGUUGAGGCUUCUUUAGUUCUUGAUUUUCUGUGACUGAACUGCCCAAACACCAUAUUGUACUUGAAAAUUGGAACAGCUUGAGGAAUGCCCUGGUGGUUGAUAAUCUGUCAGGGACAUGAAAUGACUCAGCUUCCUGGACCAUGCCUGUGGCACAGCUGAUACUGAGAUGGGAAGAGAGGGCUACCACAUUUUUCCUUGUGUGUGCUUCUACAGCUGCUUGGGAGGAUCUUGACCCAGUAGUGUUCCCCAUGCUAUUUCUUGUGAGAUGGUCUUGGCUAUCUAUGUAGCAGCUUUUGACUCCCUACAUCCUUUAGACUGCUGCUCCCCAUUCUGUCCUUGUUUAGAACACUGAGAAGUUUCCUAGGGCCUAUGCUGAGAGCAGUGUGAGAAGUCAGGAGAGAAAACAUUAGCUGCUUUUAGAACAAGGCUGGAUAUCAGUACCUGUCCAGCUAUACCUAUGUGAUAUUUUAAGAACUCAGUCUCCUUUUCCUUUUGGGAUAAGGAGCUGAAAGGUUAAGUGAGAUCUUCCAAUGGCCUGAAUCUUUCGGUCAAAGGGAAGGAUCUCCAAAUCUGAGACUACAUGGUAGUUUGGAUGGACUUGGUGGCUUGAGAUGAUACUCUGCUAGCUGUGAGGGGACCCUGUUUUCACAAUGCAUGGCCAAGCUCUCUGCAAAUGGAAAUGCUUGCACUGGGUGUUUGGGAUGUUUGCUACCUCCUGCUAUCUUUGUGGUUUUGGUUCUGCCACUAUGGAAGGACCCCUGGCCAGCAUUGUGGCUUGUCAUGUCAGCCCCAUUGGCUACCUUGUUAUGCUCUGAGGUACUACUGCCUCUGCAGCACAGGUUUUAUUUCCUUCAAUAAAAGAGGAUGAAAAUACUCUA